UUCUCUUUCUGUGUGUUUAUAAGGAGAAAUGGCUGAAGCCAGUAUUUCAGUGGAUCAGGGUCAGUUCAGCUGUCCAGUGUGUCUGGAUCUCCUGAAGGAUCCAGUGACUAUUCCCUGUGGACACAGUUACUGUAUGAGCUGCAUCACUGACUGCUGGAAUCAGGAGGAUCAGAAGAGAAUCUACAGCUGCCCUCAGUGCAGAAAAACUUUCCAACCAAGACCAGUUUUAUGUAAGAAUGUGGUGAUUUCUGAGAUGGUGGAGAAACUGAAUAAGAUGAGACUCCAAUCUGCUGCUCCUGCAGUUCCUCACACUGGAUCUGGAGAUGUUCAGUGUGACUCCUGCACUGGAAGAAAACAGAAAGCAGUGAAGUCGUGUCUGGAGUGUCGAAGCUCUUACUGUCAAAAUCACCUUGAACAUCAUGAGAAUCUCUUCAGUAAAAGACACAAUCUGAUGGACGCUACUGGACGACUGCAGGAGAUGAUCUGUCCUCAACAUGAUAAAAUACUGGAAAUUUACUGCCGUACUGAACAGCGGUGUAUCUGUGUGCUGUGUUUGGUGGAUGAACACAGAAAUCAUGACACUGUAUCAAUUGCAGCAGCGAGGAAAGAGAAACAGGGACAUUUGGAUGAAACACAGAGAAACAUCCAGAAGAUAAUCCAGCAGAGAGAGAAAGAUCUUCAGCAGCUGAGAGAGGCUGUGGCGUCUCAUAAGCGCUCUGCACAGACCGCAGUGGAGGACAGUGAGAGGAUCUUCACUGAGCUCAUCCGCUCCAUUGAGAGACGUCGCUCUGAGGUGAUUCAGCUGAUCAGAGAUCAGGAACGAGCUGCAGUGAGUCGAGCUGAAGAACGACUGGAGCGACUGGAGCAGGAGAUCAAUGAUCUGAAGAGGAGAGACGCUGAGAUGAAGCAGCUUUCACAAACACAGGAUCAUGUUCAUUUCCUCCAGGUAACACAGAUCUUCUCAAACACUGAGGACUUUAACAAGCUUCUGGAAUUACAGGGAGUUUAUGGCUUCACUGUCAGUUCUCAUCUGUCUUUUGAUGAAGUAGUGAAAUCUGUCUCUCAACUCAGAGACAAACUGCUGCAGUUCUGCAGCGAGGAGACAGAAAAGAUAUCUGGAAGAGUGAAAACCAUUGAGGUCAUUCUAGCUCAUGAAUAUCAGACCAGAAAGGAGUUUCUACAAUAUUACUGUCUGUUGACUCUGGAUCCAAACUCAGUGCAUCAUUGCCUUCAUCUAUCUGAGGGAAACACUGUGCUCACUGCCACUGACACACCUCUGCCAUAUCCUGAUCAUCCAGACAGAUUUGAUUGUUGGAUGCAGGCGUUGUGUAGAGAGAGUGUGACUGGACGCUGUUACUGGGAGGUGGAGUGGAGCGGCAGUGAUGGGAGACCAGGAGUGGAUAUAGCAGUGGCAUAUAAGAGCAUCAGGAGGAAGGGACGAGAUCCUAAGAUUGAUGCUGGACGUAAUGAUCAGUCCUGGAGAUUGUACUGCAGUCCAGGCUAUUGCUCAUUCUGGCACAAUAACGUUGAGAUUGAACUCCCUGUAGUGUCCAGCAGUAGAAUAGGAGUGUAUGUGGAUCACAGCGCAGGGAUUUUGUCCUUCUACAGCGUCUCAGACACAAUGAGCCUCAUCCACAGAGUCCAGACCACAUUCACUCAGCCGCUCUAUCCCAUGCUUGGACCAUAUAGAUACUCAAGGGUGAAACUUGAAAUGGCAGAGGCCAGUAUUUCAGUGGAUCAGGAUCAGUUCACUUGUCAAGUGUGUCUGGAUCUACUGAAGGAUCCAGUGAUGAUUCCCUGUGGACACAGUUACUGUAUGGGAUGCAUCUCAGGAAUCUGGAAUCGAGAGGAUCGGAUGGGAAUCUACAGCUGCCCUCAGUGCAAACAGACCUUCACACAAAGGCCUGUUUUAUACAAAAAUUUGAUGUUUGCUGAAAUGAUGGAGAAAAUGAAGAAGACAAAACUACAAGUUUCUCCUGUUUCUCCUGUUUCUCCUCCUGUUCCUGCUCCUUUUCUUGCUCCCUUUUCUUCCCCUGUUCCUGCUCCUUUUCUUGCUCCCUUUCCUGACCCUGUUCCUGCUCCCGUUCCUGCUCAUUGUCACUCUGAAUCUGGAGAUGUUCAGUGUGACUCCUGCACUGGAAUAAAACAGAAAGCAGUAAAGACGUGUCUGGAGUGUCGAAGCUCUUACUGUCAAAAUCACCUUGAACAGCAUGAGAAUCUCUUCAGAGGUAAAAGACACAAUCUGAUGGACGCCACUGGACGACUGCAGGACAUGAUCUGCCCUCGACAUGGAAAACUGAUGGAAAUGUACUGCCGUACUGACCAGCGGUGCAUCUGUACAAUGUGUUUGAUGGAGGAACACAAAAAUCAUGACAAUGUAUCAACUGCAGCAGCGAGGACAGAGAAACAGGCACAUUUGGAGGAGACAAAGAAGAAAAUUCAUUGGAGAAUCCAGAAGCGAGAGAAAGAUCUUCAGGAACUGGAAGAAGCUGUGGAGUCUCAUAAGCACUCUGCACAGACCGCAGUGGAGGACAGUGAGAGGAUCUUCACUGAGCUCAUCCGCUCCAUUGAGAGACGUCGCUCUGAGGUGAAGCAGCUGAUCAGAGAUCAGGAACGAGCUGCAGUGAGUCAGGCUGAAGGACUCUUGGAGCAACUGAAGAAAGAGAUCAAUGAUCUGAGAAGGACAGAUGCUGAGCUAAAGCAGCUUUCACAAACACAGGAUCAUGUUCGUUUCCUCCAGAGUUUGUCGUCUGUCUCUCUCUCUGGAUCUACAGACGGCUUGACUGUUAGUUCUCAUCUGUCUUUUGAUGAAGUAGUGAAAUCUGUCUCUCAACUCAGAGACAAAUUGCAGCAUUUCUCCAAGGAAACUAUAGACAACAUAUCUGGAAAAGUGAAAGCCAUCCAGGUCAUUCAGACUCCUGAACAUGAUACCAGACAAGGGUUCCUUCAAUAUUUCCAUCAGCUCACUCUGGAUCCAAACACAGUGCAUCCGUGUUUCCACCUGUCUGAGGAGAACACUGCGAUCAAAUACACCGUCCAGUACUACAGUUAUCCUGAUCAUCCAGAGCGAUUUGAAUAUGCUCAGGCGUUGUGUACAAAGGGUGUGUGUGGACGCUGUUACUGGGAGGUUGAGUACAGCGGUAGUGACGGUGUGUAUAUAGCAGUGGCGUAUAAGAGCAUCAGGAGGAAGGGGCAGAGUUUGGAGUGUGCAUUUGGAUGUAAUAAUCAAUCCUGGGCAUUGUUCUCUACUCCCUCGAGGUGCUUAUUUAGUCACAACAACAUACACUCUACACUCCCUGUAGUGUUCAGCUGUAGAAUAGGAGUGUAUGUGGAUCACAGCGCAGGGAUUUUAUCCUUCUGCAGUGUCUCAGAAACAAUGAGCCUCAUCCACAGAGUCCAGACCACAUUCACUCAGCCGCUCUAUCCAGGGUUUGGAUUACAUCUCUAUUCAGCCACAAAACUGUGCCGUCUAUACAAUUAAGUACUUACACAGUCAAGUUAAGGCUGCUCUGUACCUGCUCAAAAUUUCAGUAAAGAGUAAAGAAGUAAUGCCUCUAGUAUCAAAUUAUGAUGCUGUAAUUGCUGUGUAAAUGCAUCGGACCUCUGAGUAGUCUGUGUAAAGACACCUAAAUGCCACUUCAGAAGCGCUCUUGUGCCACCUUUGCAGUGUAAAUCUGGCAAAAUAAUGUACAUUAUAUACAGAGAUUCUACAAAGAAAUUGUCAUAUCACAUAUAUUAAAGGAUUAGUUCACUUUGAAAAUUAAAAUUUUCCUGAUAAUUUACUCACCCCCAUGUCAUCCAAGAUGUCCAUGUCUUUCUUUCUUCACUCAAAAAGAGAUUAAGGUUUUUGAUGAA